CGUCUUGCUCCGUCUUGAGAAGUUUUGUGUUUCAUAUAUCGCAAGUGUGGUAAGAACAGGUCGUAGGCGAUAAGAUACAGCUUGGGAAACAAAGGAAACAAGUCAGAAGGAAGGUUCAUAAAUAAACAGGUACAUCGACUUUGAAUUUACAUGAAUUGAAGAGUUAUUCACUUUCAUUUUCAAGCUUUGCGUCUCCUUCACUUUCUAAUCUAUUCAUCCUGUCUGGUUAGGUUCUUACAUGGAUGGAUGAUUGUUCUGAACAAGAAGGGCAAGGGGUAACCCGUGGAAAAAGGUUCGCUUCAUUUGUUUUCAUUGAAAAUCUUUUUAGGAGUUUAUUUUUAAAACGUUAGAGUUAUCUAUUGACUGAAAUAGCGUAAAGGAUAUGAAAACAGAUGUAUCCUUUAGAUGGCUUUUGAGCCCGCAAUGGCUCUACGUUUGAGCGAAAUUUUACAGCUCAGUUUAGGACAAUGACCGGCAUAAUUAAUAAAUAUCGUAAUGGGGCUUUGCUACCGUUUUCGUUCACAUUUUUCAAACAGCAAUUUUAGUUUCUGCUACAAGAAUUAAGCGCUACAUUACCUGCGUUCGUGUUCCUUGAACAAUGUGAACUACACAAACAUCUACCGCAACAUAGUGUAAUUAGUUUGAAAUAGGUAAUCCCUCUGUGCUUCCUAAACACAUGUUUAAAGGAUUAACUCUUACAUUUUUAACUGUGAACCUAGGGCCUUAGGACGCCUCGUUAGUAAUCGCACUUGAAACUGAAUUGAUGUUUGAACUGGUCCUAUCAAGGCAUGCAUGUGCGUUAGCAGCACAUGUCAAAGUCAUAUCGACAAAGUUUAGUACCUUUUGUGAUCGCAAACAAAGAGACUUGCAAUGUGUGUUGAGGUAAUUGAUUAUACUGUAAACAUGAUAGACAGUCGCAUCAUUGACUAGGCUCAUGUGCAUGAGAACUCAGCCAAGAUGCUAUUUAUUUCCCCCGUAGUAAUAUCCUUGUUGUAAUUAUUCCUAAAUUGUGACAAAUUUGAUGCUCAUUGGAUGUAUUGUAGUGCAUGUGAAUUGCAAAUAAUUUUCAAAUGAUGCUUGUUUGUGUAGCUCUACCAUCUAAAUAUGGCAGUACUGUUUACAUAGGCCUUAUGUUAUCUACUGCAUAGUUUGAAGAAUGGUGAAACAUUUUCUGCACUGAUGUGAAAAAGCACUCCUUAACUUUAGGAAACAUUACAACAAUUUCACACAUUUCACCAGAAAAGCGUGAUAUUCCCUGAGCAAAAUACCAGGGGAUUGUUUGGUAAUCAAGCUGAACUGCUUUGAGAAGAUUAUUUUCUUAGCACCUUCUUGACUUUUCAGCCAGUGAUUUAAAGGGAUAUACAAUUUGGGAAAUCUUUGUAAAGGAAAAUGUCUUCAAGUAAGGUUUAAGUUAUUUAACAUCAGACACACAGUUGGGUGAAAUUAGGUGCUUCAGAGUGUCUAGGCAAAAUUUAAACUGAAUUUUUUUAAAUACAUUGAUGAAAAAGCUAAAUGGGUACCUGUGUGCAUGUGCAGUGAGAUUAACUUUCAUAUGGGCUAUCAUGGAAGAAAAGCCUCCCAAUUUAUUAUUCAUUUGGCUGUUUGUUGUAUUUGUAAACAGUUUUGAUGCUGUAAGAGCGAUGACCACCAAGUAGUGGUUUGCUUAUAUUCAAAUGAAAUGGUUACGUGUACCAUAUUUGUAUUCUUGCUGCAAAAUUUGCAACCAGAUUGGACUUUUACAGCUGUAUUACAGCAGAGGUAGCUUUGAACACCACAUCACACAAAAAGUAUUUCCUCCUCAUCUUAAUGUUUACUUUGACCAGAAUUCAUAAAAAAAUUCAACAAAACAGGAGCUUAAAGGAAUUAAAACUGCAAAAAUUUACUUUUAACUUUUUUAAGCACUGAGGAAAAUGAUUAGCUGAUUUGUCUAAUUGCAUUUGAAUAUCAUGUUAUGAUAGGUACAUUAAAGGUGAUGGAGCUUUGCAAAUUGGUUCAUGGCACAAAUUCCAACCCUAUGAGCGGCAACCAUGCCAGGCAUUAUCACAAUAGCUAAACAAUAGAUAGAAUGUCAGCUCAAAAUCUUAGCUUUACAUGUACUUGUCAAAGGGAAAGAGAAAUUAAGUAUAACAAUAAGAAAAACACAGGCUUCCUUCUUUUGCAUUGAGUGGCUUGAAAAAAAAGCACUUUGGAAGACUUUUUACCUUGCUAGAAGAAGGAAAUCUUUACUUCACUAAUGUGGCUCUGCUUCUCCCACAGUGCUUGAGAGCACAGUCUAUUGCAAUUUAUGUAACAUUACUUAAACAGGCUAAACUAAGGCUUAGCAUGGUAUGUGACAAUGCAUACAUGGGUUUUUGCUUAAGUCAUUUUAAAUACACUUAAGUAACUUGAAAUUACAGCAGUUUUACAGAUUAGGUAAUUGACAAAAGGAACAAAAAAAAUGUAACUUUGAACAAACCAUGCAACCUGAAACUGACCCCACACACUAAAAACACAAUCCCACUGAGCUAGAAAAAUGUGCUCUUCUUCAUUUAGUUCUCCAUUAGAGGAAACCCACUUUUCUAUAUUGAAAGCUUCCUCAAGAUGCAUGCUUGUAUCUUGUGGUUCAAUGUUAUUCCUUAUUGAAAGCUUCCUUGAGAUACAUGCUUGUAUCUUGUGGCUCAAUGUUAUCCCUUAUUCUAAUUACACCUUCAUUUUUGCAAACUCAAUAUCAUACAUUACCAAAUCCACCACCAACCAAACAAUGAAGUUUGGUAAAUCAAGGAUACAGAUGGACCACACCUUACACCCAUGGAGUCGUAUGGCUGCUAAAGAUGAUUUGUAUGUCUUUUGCAAUAUGCAAGUUUGUAGUUCAUGCUUUUAAUUGAUUUGCUAGUAUUUUUUUUUUUAACAGAAACAAAGUACAAGGAAAAAGGAAAGGAUCAACCAAUCAAACCACUUCUAAGGAAGUGGAUAACAAGAGGUAAUGCAAAGGAUCAAUUAAAGACUGUUAAUCUACAUUGUUUUUCAUUAACUUGACACAUCUCAGAUUCUCACCACUGUCUAGAAGUUUUUAAUGUUGCUUUGUUAUUAACUGUAAGAGGUAAACUUGCGUUUCCCACCGACAGAUCUAAACCCAGCCAUCAAAGGCGAUCAUCUCUGACACAAAGAAGUCAGUCUACUGUAACCUGCACAUACAAGUGAGUCAUCUAAAACCAUAUUUGAAGUCUUUAUAGAGGAGCUAAUGUAAAAUUUUAUUUGCUCAAUUGUUAGGAAAUGAAUCAAUGAUUCAGGUGCAUUUCAUGAAUAAUGUAUCUGCUUUGUUUAGUCUAAGGUCACGUAGUGCAUCAACAAGCCCUCGUUCUAGUACAAGUGAUUGUUCAACUCACAGGUGAAGGGAAUAUCAAUAAUAGCAGACCUUAUGCUUAUUUCUUUCAGAGAAGUAUUAUAUUUUUAAUGUUAUUACAGUUAUGUGCAGGUGUCAAUAGCAUAUUAGGUUAAUAAGGAUGUAUUUUACUGUGCUCUGUGCAAUCCUUUUUUACUGAUUUUCCUCCAAAGUGGCAGCUGAAAAGGAAAAUCACUAAAUGUAAAAAAAAGACUUAAUAUUAAAAUUCAGGUCAUUAUUUUACAAGCACCUAAAUAAGGACCUGAUAUUUGAUAAGUUUGAAAUUGAAGUUUUGUUCCAAACAUGAAUAAACUUGAAGAAUGAGACAUUUGUUUGACUGCAGGUGUUUGCUAUAUCUUCAGUCACACUAACCAAUUAGUAUAUAUAAACAAUUCCAUGAUCAACAUGCCCUCAAUAAUGUGGUUGCAUUGCAGUGACUUCUAAUGAGCAUUAUCUGGACUAUGUACUUUCUUGUAAUGGCAAUAAUUUUUGUUUGUGUGAAAUUUUUAAAAAUUUGUGUCCACCAACAGCUGUAGGUAGCUGUUGCUGAAGUCAAUAGAAUUUUCUUUCUCUCUUAAGUGGUCAACCAACCCAAGAAAAGCAGGAAGCUUAUAGGAAGCCUACGGCUGUGCCUUCAUUUGCUGCAGCUUUCAGCAAAUCAAGGCAAUCCCAGCCUUCUUUGACGGUCAUUGGUAAUUUGGUGACAUCUCAACCCUCUACUCUCCAUCUGAGCAAUCCCUCAUCAUCAGCCAUUGGUAACUUAUCCUCCUCAUCCAAGUCUUCCUCUCGUGGAAGACGCUCUGCGUCAUCAUCAUCAUUAUCUGAUAAGUCUGCUGGACCAAGCCAAUCUGCAUCCCGAACUACCUGUGCACCAUCACGAAGUUGGAGAAGGAGUGACCCGCCUGAGCCUAGUACAGGCUUAAGGCGGUCACAGAGAUUAAAAGAGACAACGGGAUCUUGUGCCAGCAACAGGUCUGGUUUUCAUAUUAAGUGCUUGUAGUCAUUUGAACAGAAAAGCUACUUUGUAUUAUAUCAAUACACUUUGUUCUCAUGUUUUGGUGAUAAUACUAAAUAACUCUGCUAUACAGUUAAGUGUAUGAAUUUCAGUUUGUACUGCAGGGUUGUAGGUAAGGAAUAGCCUGCUGGUUGAGUUAAGAUCUGAGCGUGCUGAAAAGGAGAUCUAGAAACAAACAAGGCUCCUAAGCUUCAUAUUUACAAGUGCUGUGGUGGCACCAAUACUUAAGUUAUUCAGGAGUUUUUUCAAACCUUUUCACAACAAGGAUAUGUUUUGAUAUUCAAAGAUUAUGCAUGUACCACCUAAAAACCAUUCAUUUCCCUUUACCAAAUAAUUACCUGUCAGAAUCUAGCAAUCAAUCUUCACUUUCUCAUCCCCCAAAUUAUGCUAACAGCUGGCAUUUAGUGACAAGCUUAAGGUAUUAUGUUCCUCUCAGAAGUGUGAGAGGUUAUUUAUAGAGGAACAUAACAUUGUGAAAUAGUGAAACUUACAUGUACAAAUUCAUAACCUGUUAAAAAUUUUGCGCUGACUGCGCAUUUAGUAUGUAGAGAAAAUAUUUUGAAAUGCACUUAUUUACAUGCAUAUUGGAAACAAUUACAGUGGUAUUUACAGGGGUUUGCACACUAGUCUGAUGCUGUUUUUUCUUUUAAAAAAAAUUCUUUGGUUUCAGUCGGCGUGGGCCAGGAAAGAAGCAGUCGUGGACACGCCGACAAUCACCCAGCAUGUCAGCUGACAAGUUAGUUGUACAAAUAAGACAUCACUUGAUCUUGAGGAAUUUUUUUGUCUAUUUAUUGACAUUUAUUUGUCUUUGAGGGAGAGAGUAACGUAUACUUUUAAGACACAGAAAAGACAUGUAUGGGCAGUGAUCUUUCCUAUUGGGAAAACUAGAAAUGCUGUCUUAAAAUCAUGUUUCAGUUGGGAAUUAUCAUUACUUAUGAUUAGCCCUGAAGAGUUACAUGUAAACUGAAAAAUUGUCAUCAGUUACAUGUUUAUGUCCAUUCAGUGAUCCUUAUUUUUAUUUAGAUAAUGACUGUAUAAAUGCAUGUAUGAAUGAUCAUGUACAUGAAACAAAAAUGUACAUCAUUCUGUGUAUACAUAUUUGUGUAAAAUCAGAUAUUAUGCAUAAUCAUAGAGCAUACACAGUUAAUUACACAGUGCAUGUAAACUUAAGUUGAUUUUACUGAUUUGUAAACUUUUUUGAACAGUGCUCCCCAGGAACCAGGAUCUUUAGAUGGAGGUACAUUUUUAACCAUUCAAAGCUGUUAAUUUAUGGAACUGCAUAUUCUGAGUUUAGAUUCUGUAUCAAAGAAGUUGAAUAUAUUUGUUCAAUCAGUUUGGUUUUUGUUUUUGUUGUAAGUUCUUACAUGAUUGUUCAAUGUUAUCAGCAUCUAGCCAGAGAACCCAUCCAAAAGUCACAAACUUUGAUUAAAAUUUAAAGCUGAAGAAUUACGGUCAAGUUGCCGACGGUUCAACUCGCCAACGCCAACUUGCCAAUGUAUAAAAUCUAGUAGAGACGUUGGCAAGUUGGUCUUCUAGUACAGCUUAUUAGGAGAUAAACUUACAGAAAAGUAAAAGAUAUUUAGUAAAAAAACAGUUUUGUUUUCUUACAAUAAAGUUUAUAUGGGUCUCAUAUGAACAUUGCCUAUGAAUAUAAAAGCUUCAGACACAAGAUCUUGUAUAGAAAGCCAAGUUUUCAUAGAAUAAUCUGAUCAACUGACAUGGUGAGUCUUUACGGUAUUGUCACACAAUAACUCGUUCGCAUCUGAAGCUUUUAUAUUCAUUGGCGAUGUCUACCUUGCUUUAUUCGCCAUGAGAUCCUUAUAAACUUUGUUGGAAGAAAACAAAAUUGUUUUUUCGCUAAAUAUCUUUUACUUUUCUAUAUGUCUGUCUUCUAAUAAGUUGUACUGGAUUGAAGACCAACUCGCCGACGUCUCUACUUGAUUUUAAAGGUUGGCGAAUUGGCGUUGGCGAGUUGAACCGUCAGCGACUUGACUGGAUACCAAGCUGAACUAUAGUCAAACAUGCACAGGGAAGUGACGGCUGUACAUGGUUUCAUAUAGUGCUUUGAUUUACAUGUUAACGGUUGAAAAGGUCUUUUGAUAUAGACUAGAUUUUAGUGUUUCUCUAUGUGGUAAUUGUUUUGAAUUAUAAGAGUACUAUCAAUAGAGAAUGGUAUGUAAUUAAAUGAUGAUCUAGAGAGAUUUGGAGGGUUAUUUUUGUAAAUGCAUAAAUAAAGUUGCUGACAUUUUUGCUUAAAAGGAAGAACUCUCAUCCUCAGUAUUUUCCUGACAACUUCCUUUUUUUUCAUUUUCACAAGAAAGUAAAAGCUAGUUUGGAAGCCAGCCAGUAACUUUUGGAUUUAACAUUGUCCUCACCGUUGUCUUCACCAAUGAGGCCUGUUGCUUUUGAGUAACUUUAUUUUUCCUUCUUUAGCUCACGGAACUGCUGAGGAUUCUGCUCCUUCUGCUAGUGGUAAUUAUGAAAUUUUGAGGGGGUUGGUUUGUUUUUGCUUUUUCUGUGCCUCUUUUAGGAAAAUUUGAUUUAAUUUAAACUUUGUUCAAAAAACGUCAUGAAUUGAGAGAUGUAGUUCAGAUUAAGCAGCAUCAUAAAGGGUGUAGGUUAAUGCUGUGCCAUUUUAAUAUUUUAUCUUUGUAAGCUUCCCAUCAACCUCCAAAGCAAGUAGUAUUAUUGAAAUCAGCCAAGCAGAAUAAGAGCUAUAAUUAAGAGAGGUGGUAAUCUAAGGACAUAAAAUCCAUAGACAAGUAUCCACGGUUAUUUAUAUUGUGAGCACUUUAAGGCAAGGGCUAGGGAAAUGUGCUGUAUGAUCAGUUACACUGACUGGUAACGUUGUUUGUGCCUAUAGGUGAAGCCUCCAGAAGUGAAUUGGAGGGUUCUGGCAGCCUUGAAGAUAUGGAGCUAAAAGAUGGCGAGUUAUCAAGAUUACAAGGUCAGUUUAUUUUUAGCUUUUUUCUCCCAUAACAACAAAAUAACCUAUUCUUCUGACAUGUUUACUCAUACAAGUGACAAAGAUAUCACAUGCCAACUGUUACUGAAUUAUAAAAUGUAAACUUAAAAGUUUAAUUCUACUCAUGCAGGAAAAACUCAAGGUAUGACUCAAAUUCUCUGUAUAUUUAUGUACAUGUUUGUUUACUUCUUAUGAUCUAGUAAAUAUUUUAACCAAAAAAAGAAACAGAUGGGUGUAACAAUAUUUUGGUUCAUUGAAUUACAGCCCUCCUGGAGGCAAGGGGUGUUCCUUCUCAUCUCAUUGGUUCAUUAGGACCACGGAUGCAUCAGCUGUUGCACCGAACUAUCAGUUCUGGUUCAGGUAAAUGAGCAAAACAAACUUGAAUAGAAUUCUUCUUUUUAUGUUAUUUCUAGUACCUCAUGGGUUUCUCAAAGAUGACGAAUACAGAUAAUUUUUGAAACAAAAUUUUCAGGUAAAACAUGGGUUUUAUUAAGUGAUGUGUACAGUGUAGGAUAACAUGUGUUUUCAAUGCACAGGUGGUAAAGUUCAACAGAUGUUGGCAGGAAUCCAAUCAUCUGAUGAAGGACAGCAGCUUCAAUCUGUCAUUGAAAUGUGCCAGGUAUGUUACAGGAGUGCACUAGUCAAGUUAAUUACUCUUCUGUUGUUUAAACUUACUUUAAUGCAUAGAAGGCCUGGAUUUUGUUUCUCUUUCUUUACUUCCUGACAAAAAUAAAUUCAGCAUCAGCCCAAUAUUACUAUGCAGUUGAAAAUAAUCUUAUGAAGUAGGAUAAAUUUUGUAAAUUUUGAUACAACAUGUUCUCUGAGUUGUAUUGAUGUAUCAGUACAACUGUAAUAUCUCAUUUCUCGUUCUACUUUAUUUAUCAUUCAAAUUCCCAGUCAUCAUGACAAAUUAAAAGUAUUUCCCCAAAGAUUGAAAGAAAAAGAAACACCCUUAAUUUCAUGUUUAUGUACUACUACUUGUACUUGUAACCCUUGAAAGAGUCCUGAAUUUAAAUCAGCUUUUGAAAACACAUGAUUUUAUAAGGUUUGAAUAAAUGCUCUGCAGAAUACAGUGUACACGUAGGUUAAGAAAGAUAUAAGUUGCCAUUAUAACUUGAGGUGGAGUUGAUCUUACUAUACAGCUUUUUUAAUAAUUUUGUUAGAAUAUAAAAAUUGGUUGUUGAUGUUUUAGUGCAAAAGACCUUGUUUGACUUGUGCAGAAACAAUACAAUUGUUCUGAGCUAUGGUAUACCUUGGAAUCAAAAUGUAACAGUGCCAACAUUCAAUGUAAAGGACUCAAUAGAGUUGAUGUAUCUUUUUGGUGUUUGUUUUUUUAGUUUUUAGUAAUGGGUAAUGAAGAGAGUUUAGUGGGAUUUCCUGUGAAACAAGUUGUACCUGCACUUGUGAGUAGUUACUUUGUCUUACUAUGUAGACACUGCUUAUGCAGAGCAUACAAUGUAGCUAGUGUGGCUGAUAAGAUUUAGACUCAAGUCUACUUGCACACAUUUCUGGUGGACAAGUGAAGGAUACCAAGGCAAAGCAAUGUUACCAAAAUUAAAGCAAGGAGGAAAUUGGUAUGGACUUUCAGAAAGUUUUGGUCUUCUUCAUUAAUUUUAUGAAACUAAUUAAGUUUGGGUUUCUACUCUCCAAUGUGUUAAUUAAUUAAAAAUUAGUGGUAGUUUAUUUUCUGACCAAGGCUGUUGUCCUUUGCAGGUAAACUUACUUUCAAUGGAGCAUAACUUUGAUAUGGUGAGCAGAGCAUUUAGUUAAAUUUAUCUGACAGUUCAUUUCUUUGAACUGUACACACACUGUAUGAUCUCAACACCUCUGUUGAUUCUUCUCUGUAUUCACGUUUUAUGUCUUUUUUUUACAUUUUUCAAAGAUGAAUCAUGGCUGUCGUGCCCUAACCUAUCUCAUGGAAGCUCUUCCCAGAUCAACAGCUGUUGUAGUAGAAGCAGUACCUGUGUUUAUAGAAAAAGUAAGUUGCAAGAUAAGUGUGAACAAUACUAAUAAUAAUGAUAAUAACAAUUCUUUCCAUGUUAAUCAAGACUUAAAAAGAUGGAAAAAACAUUACAGGCAAAAUCUCUUAACCUAUAAAUAUGCAUAGCAUGGGCUUCUAUGCUUUGCAAAAUGGUGCCAUUCUUACUUUCUUUCUAAAUACUGGUAAAUGUGAAAUAAAGAAAAGCUAAUUUUUUAAUUUGAUAUAAUCUAUUAGAUCAAUCAACUAAUAACAACUUGAAAUAAAUCCAUGACAUUCUAAGGGGGAUUUCUUUUAAACAUUUUUCUUUUCUUUUCUUUUCUUCUCUAACUCUUUAAAAUUGUUGUUCCUCUCUAUCUCUUGGUGGGUUGGUAUUUUGAAUGAGAGAGAUGCUCUUUUUUUUCUGUUUUGUUUUUUUUAUUUUUGCUAUUACCAUAAGCUGAAUGAUUGCAAAAAGAGCCAUAACAACAAAACAAUUGGAGUUGAGUUAACCUAUCAGAACACUAGAAAUACAGUAUUCAGAGUUGAAAAUUAAUAAUUGCUAGAAUUCUGUUCCAAAGGGAAGUCAGGUAUCAAAUAGUGGCAGCAUGGUGGAAAGGGCAAGAUUUCAAAUGAACAACUUUUGUAUUCAUCAGUUCUUUGAGACUUAAAGGGAUUAAUCUCCCUUAUUAUGGACUUACAGGAGGAUCUUUUUGGUCAUUAUUACUGUUAUUAUUAUUUUUUUUUAUAGUUACUAUUAUCAUUAUUAUUUUCAUUUUUAUAACUUAUUAUUUUUUAUUGCUAUUAUUAUUAUUAUUAUUAUUAUUAUUAUUAUUACUAUAAUUAUUAUUAUUAUCAUCAUCAGCAAACACAAGUACAAUCCAAAUGCAUAUCGAGCAUCUCUGAUUAACAAUGGUAAUAGGAUCGAAUGGAAUCCAAUUCAGUCUGUAAUCAUACAAGUGAUUAACAAAAUUGGACAACUGCAAAACGGAAGUCCAAUUUGUUAACCACGAGUAUGAUUACAGACAGAUUGAACAACAGGAAGUCCUGUAACCAAUUCAUCAAAACCCUGACAAAUUUGAGAAAGAAACUAGACAACAGUUAACGCAGUGAAAUGGAAGUCAACAGCACACACACAUGAUGGGUUCUGUCCUUUAACACAGGCAUGAAGUGCUAACUGUCCCUUUGACUGUCCUAUUACACUGUCCAAUUUCAAGCAUGACCGAUACACUGUCCUAUAAGUGCUUUAAUUGGGCUGGUGAUAACCAAUCAUGUUCGAGAAUUUUGUUAUAGUUUUGAUUAAAACUAGUCUUCUUGUAAUAAUAAUUGUUUUUACCAUGUGCUAGCUACAAGUGAUACAGUGUAUGGAUGUUGCAGAGCAAGCUCUCACUGCCUUAGCAAUGUUAUCCAGAAGACAUGGAAAAGCUAUCUUGCAAGCUGUAAGUGUUCAUGUUCAGUGUACCCAAGGUAUCAGGUUGGGUUACAUAAGCCAUGGCCAUAUGGUUUUUUAAUGAUACAGUGUAUCAUACUAGGGUUUUAAGUGUGCUGUGUUAGCCAGGAGUUAAUUACCUUCCAUCUGUGAUAUGCUGAGGUUGGUUAGAAUGUGGUACUCAAAUGAGUGGCAGAAAAUUGAGUGGAACUGCUCAUGAAAUGCAAUUUGUGCAAUGAAAGGGUCAUUUGCCAUGAUGGGUGAACUACCCUGUUUAACCACACCAGAUAAUUAUGGCAGAACAUUUUGUGAAUGAAACAUGUAAGCUGUUUAGUUGUUCUAGAUUUCAUGUACUAAUUGAAUCAAAAUGUGAAAAAAGACUUGUUCAGAGAGCGUGCAUCUGAAGGGGUGUGAAUCAAACUCAAGAAAAUUUUAGUUCCACUUGAUGAAGAAUUGGAGCCAUAACAUUUAUAACUUAAACAAUAAUUUGUAAGCAAUAUACAUGUAGAUGUUGACCAAUGCACUAUGAGUCGGGUAAUGAACUUUUUUUUUACUUGGAAUCCAUCAAACUUGCAAACUAAACGAUUGAAAUUAAUCAAAGCAAAUCAGAUGUUUGAAUGUUUGUAAAGAAUAACACAUUGCACAGGCUUUAAUUACAUGUAAAUCAUGUAUAAGAAAGGUUUUUGUUCUUGUGAUUUUAAGGGCAUUAUAGGAUGUAGUUUCUGAGGUAGCUGUUUAACAACUAACUUUGUUUGUGUUUUCUUGACCAAGGGAGGAAUGUCAGCUUGUCUUCUGUACUUGGAUUUCUUUUCAAUAUCUGCUCAGGUACAGAAUGGUCCAAGGGCCCCAAAAUAUAUUUUCCACACACUGCAAUUUAGACCAUCUAUAAAUAUUAUUUGAAUCAAUAUUUGAGUUUUCCUUUGUUAUCAGGUGUAGUUAGAAACUUGAAUUUUCUAUCCAGUGGUGUCUUGUUUUCAAAUUAAUACUUAUGACUACAAGAAUACGUAACAAAAUCCUUAACAGACCUUUGUUUACUUUAUCAUUGUAACUUGUACAUAGUGGUCUACAUGACAACCCUGUAUUUCCACAUAGCUUAUCAGAGAAGUAUUGAUUGUGGUUAGAAUAAGACGUCAAGGUAUCAAAAAUAAUUUAGGGAAAGAAAAUAUGACUAAGAUAGUUUUUUUAACUACUUAAGAAUUAUUUAUGUAGGCUUUGUCUUAACCCUUUUGCUCGUAAGAGUGACUAGCAUCUAAUUUCUCCUUACAAUAUCUCCCUUGAAUCAAACAGUAGGGUCAUGAGAACAAUGGAAGUGAUCAACAAUUACAGAAGCUCUGGAAUGUUAAGCUUAUUCUCCUUGUCAGCACCUUAGGAAAUGUAUAGAGAACAGUAUGGAGAAUAUGCGUACUGAUGUUAGGUUGUAAAGGGUUAAUGAAUGACAUUACAUCUAUUUUCAGAGGUCAGCAUUAUCUGUUGCAGCCAAUUGUUGUCACAGCAUUGGUGUGGGUGACUUUCAUCUUGUUGCAGAUUCCAUUCCAGUUUUAAGUGGAAGGUUACAGCACCAGGUUAGGGUCUUAACUGUAGAACUUAAAAAGGUGUGAAUGCCAGAUGCACGUUCACUUCUGGGAUGUGAUCAGAAACAUGAAGAUCAGAUGUGAGAAAACUUAACUACUUGUACAUGUAUUGGUUUUCAUUCAUUAUCUGAUUUCGUAUAUGAUUGGUCAUAACAUAGAGGUUAUUCUGAUGUUUGGUUUUCUGAGGUUGAUAACCUUACCAUUUGCAGCUCAUCUUCAAUUAUAUUAAGUUUGCUAGAACAACUUUCUCUUUAGGCUUUUGAUCCUUGGCCUUUUUUGUGGAAUUCCAGUGCUCAAGUAAUUGAACUACCUAGGCAGCAGUCCCUACACCUCCCUUUUUAAUUAAAUGAUAAUUGGAUUUGGGCAAUAUUGAAACUUGUAUUUAUUGCUGGUCUUUUUUUUUUUUAUGAAUGAGGGAAUGUUGUUAGUUGUUGGUAAAUUUAUUAUUGUUAUGAUGUCUGACUGGUUUAGUUUGUUUUGUCUUUGAGUAGAGGCUCAUCACUUUCUUUCUAAUUGUACUUUUUCAGGAUAAAAAGUCUGUAGAGAGUUGUUGUGUGGCGUUUGCUAGACUGGUGGAUAGCUUUCAGUCUAAUGAGGUCAGAAUCACUGAACAUUUUCUACUUGAGACAUGUUUUCCUUUUUCUACUAGUUACUACAGUAACUGCUACUUCUCUACUGUUAUGUUAUAAGAAUGCGACAUACAGCAAAGAUUUUUUUCUUGUUCCUUGCCUUAGAUGAAAAAUAAUCACAUGUAAAAAAGAAAAGGGGUUUUAUGCAAUAUUUUUAUGCUGAGUACAAAAUUUUUUUUCAGAAACAUCUGGAAGAACUGGCUGCCCAUGGUCUGCUUAAUAACUUGCAGCAGUUGGUGAGAGUUUCCUUUAAUUAAAAUUUUUGGAUAUUUAUGUUCUCAGAAGAGAGUUUAUGUCCAGUGAACUCUGUUUGGCCUCUCAAAUGUUGAAAAGCCAUGAUCAUGGUUUGGUGACAGGCAUAUUAAAUUUUUGUUUCACUGCUUAAGAAACAGCCAUGUGUUUAAUACAUUGUCACCAUAAAUAUGUUACCUUUUAAUUUGACAGAAAGGUUAAAUACUGUGCAUACUUUUAAGAAUUAAAAUAUAAGAUUUGCAUAACUUUUAGUUGGAACUAAGAGGCAAUAAGCAUCCACCCAUAAAGAGGAUUCCUUAUUGAUUAAAACUGCUCAACCAAGAUACAUCAUACCCUCUGCUAGAUUUGGGAAAUUUUGUGGAAGAUAUUCCUAUUAAUUUCUCGAUUUUUGAUAAAAUUGGGAUCAAUAUCAGUAUCUGGGCAACUGCCCACCUACCCCUCCCCUAACCCAACAACAGUCAAUUGAUAACAAUUUAGGGUUAAUGUUGGGUUAGGGGAGGGGUAGGUGGGCUGUUGCCCAGUUACUGAUAUUGAUCCUAAAAUUGCUCUAGGUGGUCUGUUGUAACUUAUGAGAAUGGCCCAGCUCAAGGAGAUAUUUGUCUAAUUUCUUUAUUUUUUACUGCUUUAUAGCUCAUGAUGGCCCCUCCAGUAAUAAGUACAAGCACCUUUGUAAUGGUGGUGCGAAUGUUGGCCAUGUUGUGUUCCAACAGUCCAGUAAUAGCUGUGCAGCUUCUGAAACAAAGUAUGUGACUGAGUGACUUAAAAAUGUAACAUGAUAAAUGAUCAUUACUAACAGUAACACUUUGAAUGAAAUGAGUAGAGCAAGUAGAAAUAUAGGUAACAUUCAUGGUAAAAUAUAACAAAAUAGUGUGAGCUAUGAUGUUAUUUUUAUAAUAUGCAGUAUGGAAAAGAAUUCCACAAGAAUUCAAUCAAUAGGCAUUGUUAGCAUUGAUGUAAGUUAGUCACCAACACAACUUAACAAAAACUUGAGCAACAGAAUAGAAAUUGACCCUGUUACAAUUUUUGUUUGAUUAAUCAACAACCCCAGUGGACCCUGGGAAAGACCCAGUUGAACCUUCAGCUUUGAAAAUGGCUGCUGUUUGACAGUGUGCACAAAGUUACUUCAUUGAUUUUCAAAGGCGUUUUGAAAGAGGCAACCACAACAUCAGUUGUAGACUGUAAAAAAUGCUAAGACUUUAGGGCAAACAAGGAAUAAAAACUGCAGCAAAUUAAGAAAUGUUGCAUUUCACAGAUCGGAAGGAAUAACAAUUACCAAAAAUUGUGCAAGUGAUCUUUCAUUAAUAUAAAAUGCAAAGAAAAUGUGCCAGGUUAACUCUACUGUACUGAACUUGCAAAUUUAAGAGCUCAUAAUGCUAGGAAAAUAAAUAUUGUUACUAUGGUAACUUAAAAUACCUAGCCCCUUUAUUGUACCUUAAAAUCUGUUUCAUUCCCUAAUGGAAGAUUGAGAAGAAAUAAAUGUUGUUUACUUACUUUAUUUGCUUUUUUCAGAUGUGUCAGAUACAAUUUUGUAUUUAUUACUGGGCACCACAGAACCAGGGGAGGUAGAGAAUGCUGAGGUAAAAGUGUUUUAGUUUUUUUUUUUUUGAACCUUUCCUGAUUCUACAAAGUUUUCUCUGUACUGAAAUUUACAUUGCUAGUUCAAUCAGUACAAAUAGAAGUGCAUCUGUAGUGUACUUAUACCUUAACAUUCAUGUGGAAAGCAAAGCAAAGAUCUUGGAUGCCUUGAUCGGGGUUACUUCACUAUGUUGCUUUAAUUUCUAACUCAUUAAUUCUUUUUGUAGUUGCUGUCAAGAAGCCCUCAAGAGUUUUUUGAAAUAACUUCUUUUAUCAGGUUUGUUGUUUACAUUGUUGAUUUUCAUUGUUUUCUCUGUUAAUUACACCUGAAAUUCAUAGUUAGCAAUACACUUUAUUAGAUCUAAACAUCAGUGUCUGACUUGAAAUUUUUGUGCAGUCUGCAUGUGGUUCUGAAUACAUAUAUAUCAGCUUUGAACUUCAAGCUGAUUUUCUUUUCCCUUGCCAGCUCAAGAUUGUAAGUUUCUACCAUAUUUGCUGUAACAAGAAUUAUAAGAACCCAAUUUGUUAUAUUGUCUAACUUUGAGUCAUGUUAUACAUGAAAUAAGCUGGAUUAGUAGAAAAUUAAAACUUAUUCUGCCUUUCUCAACAGUGAACUUCUACCAAAUUUGCCAUCAGAUGGUAAGUUCUUGUAGCAAGGAGAUGUAUGUGCGGAAGGGUAAACGUGAUGAGAUACUUAUGGCUGUGUCACUGAGAAACGUUUGUCUGGCAAGAUGUACAUUUCUUCUUUGGGCAGCUUAUUACAUUAGGUGGUUGAUUUCCUUAUUUGUGGAUGUUGGUGAUGCAGGCUUGCUGUAGGUUUGUCUUAGUGUGAAGCUGUGUUUGCAGGGAUCUUCUUGGUUGAUGCUCUACUGUGCAAACCACAGCAGAAGGCUGAACAAGGACUGUGGCAGUGGAGAGAUGAUAGGGGACUGUGGCACACAUACUCAUGGAUUGACAGCAAGAUUAUUGAGGCUGCAUACCAAAGUGGAGAGGAUGAACUUACUCUCACCACACUUGGAAGAACAUACACUGUUGACUUUAACAGCAUGCAGCAGGUUUCUCAGAAUUGUGUAUUUUUUUUAAUGAAAAUCUUUAUUUACAACAUAAAUUACUUACAAUGCAUAUGCUCUAUUACAACACGUUGCUAACGAUACAUCACUGACAAUACAUUACUUACAAUGAGCUGCUAACAAUUAUGAUCUAUAAUACUUCUCUACUGUAGUAUAUGAAUUAUGUAACUAACAUUCAACCACAAAAGAUGACUCAAAAGAGACAUGUUAAGUAUAACUUAGUCAAGGUAGUGAUUCUAGCAUUUUUCUAGAAUCACUUCACAGAAUUUGAAUUAAAGUGGACUGUUGUGAUUUUCACCUUGCAGACAAAUGAAGACACAGGUACAUCAAGACAGAUACAGCGAUGUCCAGGAGGGAGUGAGACAUCUACAGCCCAAUCCAAGACAGAGGAAACAAAAAUCACCAAGAGUGAUGAACGUUUAGUUGUUUUAUGUGAAGAUGCCAAGCUGGCUUCAUCGUACACUUGUGUUAUGUUUUCUGCUUUAUACAAGAUAUUCAGCUCUUCUGUUGGACCUGCAGUGAGACACAAAUGUGUGAAUGCUAUAUUGAGGGUGUUGUGUCAUGCCCCUCCUGAUCUGCUGGGUGUGGUUCUUAAAAGACACCCCAUCUCCAGCUUAAUAGGGGGAAUGCUUCAAUCAAAUGACUUGAGAGUCAUAACUAAUGCUCUUCAAAUGGCUGAAAUUGUCAUGCAAAAACUGCCAGAUGUUUUUCAUGUAUCAUUCAGAAGGGAAGGAGUGAUGCACAGAGUUAGAGACUUGGCCAAUGGGCUUUUGGCUACUAAAUCAAAGUUAUCAGAUAAGAACUGCUCAUCAGAGUGUCUGGUAGAUACUUGUGAAAUUGAGAGCCCUGGACAGAGAGCUACAGAAAAUUCACAGUCACUACCAGUUACCAGGUCAGGUAUCUCUAUAAAUAGUUGCAUUAGUACCAGUAUGCAUUGAAAAUGUUACUAAAAGCAUAAUUUUAGAACUUAUUUAUUAUGGCUGUUCCCUCUGUCUAAGGAUGUAUUUCUUUUCGCCUAGGCCAUACCUUUGAUCUUGUGUGCAAUUUUUCUCAAUGCAGAUUUUCCAUUCAGUUACAAUAUAUAUAUUUCUUGAUGGUACAAUGUAUGUAUCAAUCACAUUGCAGGAGGCUGGGAGAUGUGUUGCGAAGGAAACGUUAUUCAAAAAGGCCUGGCAGGGGAAAGGCCAGUAGUUUUCCCAGCACAUCAGAAGCACAUGUUGAGAUAAACAGAGACCAAAUUGGUUUUCCUUCUUCAAGGACAAUGCUUCACGACAGCAGGGCUGCUUUCCUGGCCUCUCAAGUAUCGACCAGACUGAAUUCCAAAUCUGCAGUUCUUUCGGAGCGACCAGCAAAGGUGGAACCUGUUUUGUUGGAUUGCAGUGUUGUUUAUAAGUUUUCUGGGAAAUCUUUUAAAAUAUUAUGAUUGAUAUUUACUUCGCUGCCAAAAGUGUAUUGCUAAUCAGAAAUACUGCAUUUAUUUUUGCAAAGCUGGAGACAUCUGUUGCAAGCAGUCUUUCAGAAAACAGAGAGAAGAUUUUGGCUUGGAUUAAAGAUCAAGGUACAUAUUGUCAAUUGUGAACUGAUAUUUAACUAUAGCAAUAUUCUAUUAAUAUUUUCACGGCUAUUUAACUAAUGGAAAACUUAAUUUUUGCCAACAGCAACCAAGUUCUGUGAAGAGUACUUUGAUCAACAGAAGGGAGACUCUCAUCCUGCACUUAGUGUACUUCGACAGUUAAAGAGUGCGUCAGAGGAACUGGCUUUAGAUGUAAGCUUUGAAAACUGAAACCAUGUUAAUGAUGCUACGUGUUUUUAGGAAAAUAAUGAAAUGAUAUGUUGCUAUUAAGAUGAAUUUUAAAGGGGAACAACCAUGGUCUUGAUGACAGAUUGUGUUUAUCUGUCUUGACCUGGGACAUAGUUAGCUUACAUACGAGGCUUACAGCAAACAUAUUAGUUAAAGUUACACUCGCGUCAGCAAGUGGACAUGGAGGGUCUUGUUUACACUUUUUCCUCCAAAUAGCUUUCAUACGAAUAAAUCAAGAGUAUGCUAUGCAGGCAAAGACGUAGUUAUUGUUAUAGUUUUGAUGUUGAUAGUGAUAAAGUUGUUCAGCAACUGUAUUAAUAUGACUUCCUUGUGUUCUAAGUAUGCUAUUUGGUGUUGUUUUUACAGAGAGAAACAUUUCUUCCAGCACUGGAGGUGAGGCUUCUGAGUUAAAAGUGUUAAUUUAUUACGUUGGUUAACAUGCUCUCCGUUGAAUUAUAAUUUAAUGUGGGGAUUUGUUUGUCUAACCAGGAAGUCUCUGCUGUGCUGACUAAUGAAGACAACAGUGCAUGUGCAUUUGAGAUCCUCCAUAGUGGACUGGUACCAAAUCUUCUCAGGUAUGUUUCUUAAUUUUCGUAUUACAUCGAAGUUCUCAUCUGAACUUUUGGGACCGGUUAUUUACACGAGUUCUAACACAAACCGCGAAUUUACCAAGCAAUAGGUCCGUACGAGUACUCUUUAAGAGGGUUGUUUUCAUCAAAUAAAUGUCUUUACAUAGCUAAUUUUUGCACUCUUGUCACUAUUCGCAAAUAUAAAUGUUCACAUAAUAGAUUCAGCUAAAUUCAAGAUAGUCUAGAACGCGGUUUUGAAACAACAGCUAAACGUUGUUUAAAUAACCGGCCCUAAGACUUGUUUUGGAAAUGAUUUUUUCUCUGGUGGUACAUGUUGUUGUCAGCUCAUGUUAUGCCAUAAGUGCAGAGAAUGUUGCAUUCAGCAUAUUCACAGUCAAUUGAAUGAAAUCUAGUUUUCGAUAAUUUCAGUCAACUUGUGCUUUUUCCCUUUUUCCAGAUAUAUAACAUCUACAGAAGUUAGUGAUGCCCUUCCUCAAGAAAAGCGGCUCAGAAUAUUUUUCCAUGUUUUUAUGGGACUUCCAGUAAGUGUUUUCAAUUUCACAAUUCGUAAAUAAUAUUCUGCAGCAUUCUUGAAAAAUGUUUUAUACAAUAAAUAACCAAUUGAAAAAAAUUGUAAACACUACAGGCUUAUGAAUCAUUUUUUCUUCUGUGCAGGAGAAAAGCUCACCUGGAGAUUUGAAAAUCACGGUAAAUUUGUUUUUGGUUCCCAGACAUAAAUGAAUGUGUGUUAUUUAUAUUAUCACUGUGAUUAGUACAAUUUUUUUAAUUAGUAAGUAAUGAGAAAGAAGAAGUUGGAUGAAAUUACCUCGCAAACAAUUAAAUUUCCAUCAGAAGUGGUUUAUUAGUUUCUUGGAGCAUGUAAUGGCUGAAACGAGCACAACACAUCACACAUUGUAAAGAUGAACCCUCACGUUAAGCAAUUUGAAACAAUGAUAAUGCCAAAAUGUGUGUUAAAGUUGUCAACACAUUCUGUAUUUUUUUUGGGCAGACUGAACCCAAUGUAGCGCCUAUGGCUGCCCUGAUACAGAAACUUCACUUGUGCAUCAACCAGUUGGAACAGGUCAGUCGAUGUUGGAUUCAAAAAAAACAUAUGUACUAACUGGACUAUGAAUAAAAUCUUAUUCGUAGUUUUUUUAUGCCUUGCAAAUUUUAUUACAUGCACAUAAUUGUCGACCCUCUACCAUUGUUUCUUUCUAUGAUAAUGUCUUGAAUUGGGGAAAAGCGUGAAAUAUUUACUCGACUAAUGCACCAAAACAUUAUCAGGAAGUACAUGUAAAUGUAGUAUAUUUGUGUUUUUCAAUGGGUCAGUGUAUACACGUCACUCUGGACAGCGUUUCUUCAUAGCAGAUUAAAUUACUAACAAUAAGUCCCUUUUUUUCACUAGCUCCCGGUCAAAGUUCAUGAUACACCAGGAGGAGCAGUUGGAGCAAGGUAUAUGUCACUAAAAAUUCUUCAAAUAUUGUUAUAAUUUGUAAAAAUUUAAAAAAUCUUUAAUGUCACUCACAGACCUUGCAUGUUUGUUUGCCAGGGGGUCUCAAGCUUUAAGAUUUUUCAGCUCUCACCAAAUCAAGGUUUGUUUUAUUUUUUACAGUACUUACUCCUCAUAAACUACUUUUGGGGUGUUCAACAAUUUGAAAGUCCUAAAUUUGUUCGGCACUUUCGGUGUGUUUGCUUGAAGUUAUAUCAAACGUAAUACACAAGUUAAUUAAAACUCCUAUUUGGUUUGCUGAAAUUUAUCAAAGAUUGACUUAAACUGUUCAUACGGUCUACAUACAGUGCCUUCUACAAAGACACCCAGACUGUGAAGGGUUACGACAGUGGAAACGUGGACCUGUAAAGAUUGAUCCACUUGCUCUUGUUCAGGUAUGAAUUAUUCUUCAGUGCCAAUUAAACCUGUUGUGCUUUAUCUACUGUUUUGUAAAUUAGACGUCCACAACAAUGCAGUUUCGUUUGAAAACGGAUAUUUUUCGAUGCUUUUUGGCCUUCCGUCUACACUAAGACGCUUGAGAACGGAUACAUUUUUAAAUGAAAGCGAUUCGAUUUGAAAACGCUCUCAAAAGUGGAGACAGUUGAAAACGCAGACAUAUCAUUUUAGUGUGGAUGGUCGAAAAUACAGCCUUUUGAAAACGAUGACGUUGGUUAGCGUCAUAACGUCGUGCAACCUCUUUUCCAAGUCUCCCAUCUGAAGUUCAAAACAAAUAUGGCGAACGAGCAUGUGGGUAUGUUUUUGACAUUGUUGACUCAUUUAAUCGCUUGUCUGGAGCCUUAUGUUACGUCAUUCAACAUUUUUGGCUUUUCUUGGACGUGCUAGCCAUGUUUCACAUUUUACAACGUGCGUUUAGCUGUGUUUGUUUGUUUGUUCCUUGUUUCGAAACGUUUUUAAAUAAUACGGAAGACGUUAGAAUCAGAAAAACGCAUUAGUUUGUGGGCGAAAUGGGGUCGUUCGUUCCUUUAUCGUCGAGUUUUUUCUUGUCUUUUUUUAUGGGCCAUUGAGAGGUAUCUUGUUGUUCGGGGAUACGGGAAGAAACGACAGGUUUGUUCAGCUGUCUCUUUUUAUCCUUAAGUUUUUUUAUUGCUAAAAUGAAAUCAGUAAGUUUGUUUGCCCAAAAUUACAGAAUGCUGACAGUACACGCUGAGAACAAGCAAACAAAUAAAGAAUAACGGAAGAAUUCACUUUUAUUUAGCUGUGUCAAAAGUUACAUUAAAAGUAAUCGUUAGAAACUUACUAAUGCUGUCAAACAUCCUCUGAAUAAGCCGGCGACACACCUGGCGAUUUUGUACGCCGAUCGCGGCGAAAAUCGUAAGCGAUUUUCGCCACAGAUCGCUGCGGACACACUUAACAUUAUGUGGCACAUCAGCCUUGAUCCCAGGUUCCAUCCGGUGACGUAUAAAAAUUGCGCGAACCAAUGUAAACAAACAAAAUGGCAACAGCGAAGCGGAAAAAAUUUUUGGCUGCUGCCAUAAUUUUGCAACUAAAGCGCUCUAGGCAGCGUUCUGGAAAGUGGGACAAUAGAAAAAUAUGGUCGAAGACGUGGAUUUACUGAAACGCAGUCCUUCUUGAGACGAUUACUGUAGUCACUUGACGUUACAUCAAAUAGGCAUGGUUUUUUCUGACCACAAUGUGAUCAAAUUGAUUUCUUUUCGGUUCGGAAACAAUUUUCGAUGUCCUCCGCCAUUUUGCAAAGUCACGUGAUAAUAUCAUCAAACUUGAUUGGUUAAUUUUACUGGCGACGCGCAGUGGAAAGGGGAGAAAAUCGCGGGAACGGGCAGACUUGGCGAAUGCCGGCAAAUUUAAUCACCGAUAUCUGACAUGUCAUAUAUCGGCGAUUUUAUACGACGAUCGGCGAAAAUCACAAUCGCUGCACCGGGCACAGCUGGCGAUUUUCGCCGAUCUCCGCGAUCGGCGUAUAAAAUCGCUAGGCGUGUCACCGGUUUUAAACUUCAAAGGUUUGCUUCAAAUUGCUGUGUCUAAAUGCAUAUUUUGGAUCUCUUGCAGAAUCCAGAUGACGAUGGCAGUGAGGAUGACGGGUAACACAGAUAGAGGCUAUGUGGACCAUUAAUUAUAUUAAUUCGAGAACUUUUGAGAGGCUUAAUUCAUUAUUCUACGGCUUUACUGAAACUCACCCAUACACUUAUGUCUAAGAUUGAUCUAUAUUUGGUGGUUCUGUUCCAUAAAAUCAUAUUGACAAAUGCGGUUUCUUCUUGGACUUAUUUGAUUUGAAUUGACGAUUUUAGCUUCACCCUGCCUUGGCUCAAUCCACCAUCUCAUGACUAAUGUGCAGUUGUCAAAUGCUUCAUUUCAAGAAAUUAAAAAAUCUUGGCGUGUGCACAGAUGAAGGUGACAUUGUCUGUGGUACUUGAGGCUAGUAGUGCAGCAGCAACAGCAUUAGAAGAUGUCAGAUAUUUCUCUUUGAAUGACACUUAAUUUUCACCAUCCGUGCAAAAACGCGUUAUCAUUAAUGGUCAAUAUUGUUUGUUUCAUUUCUCAGAUCUGAUGAUGACAUUGACGAGUCUUUGGUAUGUAGGGCAAAUGUUUCCCACUGUUCCUUUGUUAAUGUUGCAUUAUGCGUUGAAGUCUUACGGUUUAUGCUUUGUCGUUAACAGGCAACUGAACUGCAAGGUCAAAACAACUCAAGGUAUCACACAUAAUAUUACUCCAUGAAACUUAUUGUAGUCGUAGAAACUGUUGGUUCUAACUUCCGGUCAUCGUUGGAGUAACCUAUACAUUUUGUUUGUGUUGAUGCAGGCAUCAACUGGAGAUUUUAUUGGGAGACCAUCUUCUUCCUUACAACAUGACAGUUUAUCAGGCUAUCAAGCAGUAUGCUCAGGUACAUUGAUUCAUUACCUGGUUUGUAUUGAUUUGUUAAAAUGCAUGUCAAAUUAGAUCGUUUUUUGUGCACAAGUUGGUAACUUUCUUGGUGUUAAGACCUGCAUGGCUUAUGGGUUCACUGUUUGUUAUUAUGAAAAGGUGUUGAGUGAAAAUAUUAGCAUGGUUAUUUCUGAACAGAACGGGGGAAUACAGGAAAAUAGUCAUAAAGCUCAUUGUCUUAAAAUGCUUCUUUAUCUAAAUCGUUCGUAAAAAUCAUGCUGUUUCAUGUUUUAGUGUGAUGAGGACAAAGACUUUGAUGAUGAUCAUGGUGGCAUCCUUGGCAGACCCAGUAUCUGGGUCUCUACCCAUACAAUAUGGUGCGUUCGGUUUUUCGUGUCUGCGGACAUCCCUUAAACAUUUAAAAAACUUGACAUCGUUUGAUCUACGUUAGCACUCAAAUGAUCUGGAUUCUUGUAGAGAAGUAAUACGUCGUUGGUUUUAUUCAUUAUCUUGGAAUUUAAGAGUUGUUUUAGUAAUUAUUUUUUUUCAGGUUUCGACCUCUCAGCCAAAACCAAAAGGAGCAGCAAACUGUCAAUAGUAGUAAAUCUAAGUCUGGGGCCAGCGGAACAGCUUCACGAACCUCCAGGAAAACAUGGAAAGAAGAUGGUAAACAUUUGAUUACGUUGAAUCCAUGAAAACGGACUUGUUUCUCACAUGCUCAUAAGUUAACUCAAGUAUUUUUUUAUAUUUUUAAAGAGUCUGAAAAUGAAAUGUCUCUUGGUCAGCUCCUCUUGGUUUGUGAACCUGGAAGCUUUGGUAAGUUAAAUAAACAAUAAGAUAGUCAAACGUUGCAGGCUGUUUUUGUUUAACUAAUGAAUUUUGUUUUUUAUUUGUAAGGCCUAAGUCUGUAUUAGGUAUUUAAAAGGUUUAUUAGCGUCUAAACUUACCUGUGAGUUGGUACAACUCGCUAUUGUUUUCUAGUCGUUGUCAAAACGUGAUCUGAACACCCUUAAGGUAAACAACCUUUAAAUAAUCGGUUUCACCUUUUAAACAUUGGUUAGACGUGGACUUUCGCAUAUACUGUGUAAACUUUGUUUGAUUAAUCGGCCCUCGAUGUUCCAAAAGGUAUCUCGGAGUUAUGUUUGUAGCGGUGUUAUUUCGAAUGUAACAAAAAUCUCAUUUGAGGCACUUGUAAUUGAAUUUCACUCAUAAAAUACCCAGACACCACAAGAUCCAGAUUACUAACUUUGAACAAACAGGUAUUUCUGUGGGUUUAUUCUGUAUCUACAGCUGUCGUUGUGCACAAAGAAGUACAGUGGCCUUUGAUGAAAUUUGCUCAACAUUCAGUUUUUCCUGAUUUAGGAGUUUUUUGUACUGUAGUUAUUGUUGCACGUCGCAAGAGAGAGAAUCGCGUUUAAAUCAUGUAAAGGACUGAUUCGAUGGUAUCUGUUAUGGAAGUUUCGGCGAAAGUCUCAACGGAAAUAUCUCCUUCAUCAACAGACCAAGUUUCGUUUUCAUACUUGCGCUGUGGUUGCCUUGAAAAUCUCCUGUAUGUAUUUAGAUUUAAAAAGCUAAUGUUGCCUUCAAUUCUUGGUCAGUAACUUCAGAUCCUAGUGUGGAAGUGAUAAGUCUUAUGAAAGCUCUUCAUGUUCUUAAUUAUCACUGGACAACGCUUUAUGAGGUGAGUGUCAGUUUUUGGUGUUGCCUACCAGCCAACUAAAACAGGCUACUUUUCACUUCGAAAUAUCGGAUUAAAAUGUUAUAGAAUGUCUUGCGAAUAGUGCGGUUGAAAAUGUGGUACAACCAUGUGUCGUUGGACAAACGUGCAACUAAUUUUACUUUAUUAUAUCUGUUUUUAGGGGCAAACCCGUAAAGCGUUCUUGUCUUCUAGUGAAUUUAUAAACAAUAAACUUGCAGCAAAAAUUACGCGGCAGUUACAAGGUAAUUUGUUAGUUUUAUCAUACACGCGUCAAGGAUCAAGCCUCUUACGUGCUAUAGUAUCAUUGUUGACGUAUAAAUAGUAACGUUGUUUCUUCUCAAUCAGAUCCUAUCACAGUAAUAACUGGGAAUUUUCCUGCUUGGGUAGAAGAACUUCCUCGAAAAUGGUAAGCGAAAAGGUGUUUUGGAGAUUUUCGGCAGCCAAUCUUAUCUAUAAUGGCGACGAGCUAUUCCAGCAGCCUCUCGAGCAGUGGAGACAAGUAAAAGAGCGGACAAGUAGAGAAAAUGCCAGAGCGCUGUUUCAUCUGACAACCGCUAAGCAUCGUUCGCUUCCCUCUUUCCUCCCCCUCCCUUCCUUCAUUUUCCUUUUCCCUUUUUCCAUUGUCUUUGCUGAUCGUGGGCCUGGAAGUAACGUAGAAUUGUGUGGGAGUGAUUUUCUUGUUUGCUUUACAAGCACCUCACUAGUGAUUUAAUUUUAUCCUUUUACUCUGCAGCCCAUUUCUGUUUCCUUUUGAGUGUCGGCAGCAGUUAUUUUAUUGUACUGCAAUGGAUAGAGACAGGGCUCUUAGCAAACUUCAGGUACUAGAGAAUUUUUCCGCCUUGUGAGAUGCAUUCAAUGUGUUACAGAUCCGCUGAUGAUGUUACUUGAUUAUGUAUUCUUUCACAGGAAACAUUACCGGAGCUCAUGAAUACUGACGCAUCAGAUCGUGUUGCACCAAGAUUUGACAGGAAAAAGGUGUGUUUUUAAACUGACUGGAAUGGACAACAUUUAAUGCUGAAGGCUAGUAAGCUAGUAAUGCUGCCUUGUUCCUGAUAGAGCUUUGUUUAACAGAGAAGUGCCAGUUCUUCAGAUGCAUUUCCUAUCUUGAGCAGAAAAAAAAAAUCUCCUAAAACAACAAUGUCGAACAAAUCAAUAACCUCACCUUAUCAGAAAUCCAACCAAGCUGAGUGCGGCAGGUGCCCGGGUAGAGAGAAACUCGCGCGUGUGUUCAUCUCAACCCUGCAUCAGAAAAAAACUUGACUUUACUCUUACGAUGGAAAGGAAAGUUUCAAGGUGUAAAUUGUAGUUUAUAGUACAUUUCCAUUUGCUUUGCAGCACACUGUAUCUCGAGUGAGUCUUCUGGACCAAGCAGAGAAGUUGAUAGGUGAUCUUGGUAGCUCACAGUCUGUACUAGAAAUACAAUACGAAGGCGAGGUAAGUAUAACUGCGGCCAGACUCCAGCUGUUACAUUCUGGCUUUAAAUCUCAUACGAAGUCGCAAAUGUUGUAAUAAGGCUUACUUAGUAGGAACUGUUUGGUUUAAAACCUAAUAAGAAUUGUUUUUGUCAUGUAGGUUGGGACUGGCCUUGGCCCCACUUUGGAAUUUUAUGCUCUUAUUUCUCAAGAAUUCCAACGUGCAGACCUGGAGAUGUGGAGAGGAGAAAGUAUGCGGCCUUCAGGAGGAACUGGUAUGAUUAGUGGUAAUUCACUGAUCGUUUCUUGUCAUACACAACUAGUUAGUUAGUUAGUUUGGUCUUCGAGGAGCUUUUUUUUAAAGCAUGACUCGAGGGAACAUAGCUAAUGUAUGUCCAGUGAUAAGUUAGUCUUAGUUUCCUUUCUCACCUGUUAAAUCGCGAUGUUGUUGCAGGACCUGUUGAACACGUGUCAUAUGUUUACUCCCCAACUGGCCUGUAUCCAGGUAAGCUUAAACUUUCGUGAGUUAAAAUUGAUUGGCGAGAUGAGAGAAGAAUGCAUUGUGUACAUUUGAUUACUGCAUUGAAGUCUUGCCUCUAACUAGGAAUCAAGGUUUGGAUUUUUUCCAAUGUUCAGCCGAGUGAAAAAGAGCACCACUUCUCUGAAGUAUUUAUCGCAUCGUUUCAUUCUUAGCCCCAGUUUCACGCACUGCUAAAGCCGCGAAUGUGUCAAAGCUCUGCUCCAAGUACCAGUUCCUGGGUAAAUUCUUGGCUCGUGCUAUCAUGGACUUUAGAAUCCUCGACAUUCCCUUCUGCCCCAUACUAUACAAAUGGCUUCUCAAUCAAGAAGGCACGCUAGACCUGGGUGAUCUGGCUGCUGUAGACUCAGUCUUGGCUCAGUCGCUGACCCAGCUGCAACAGGUGGCACAGAGAAAAAAACAGCUAGAGCAAGACUCCUCUCAUACUUCAGACAGUAGGCAGCUAGCUGUGGACAGUCUUACCUUGGAUGAUGUACCCAUCGAGGAUUUGGGUCUGUCCUUUACUCUGCCAGGCCAUCCUGAUUUUGAACUUAAGGUAUAAUUACACAUUCAUUCAUAUGACAACUUAGGUCUAAGGUGUGAUGUAACAACGAACUUCAGUUAAUACAUGAUCUUUAUUCCCUCGUGGCCUUAAGUGCCCAAGGGAUGGAAGAGUACUGUCAUUUGAGCAAGUGAAUGAGGGUUAAACUUAGUGAAACUUAAACAAAAAUGUACCACCAAGACAGGAGAGUUAAAGUUUGGUAAUUUUGAUUGGUUUGAAAACCUGUCAAAAUUACUCAACUCGAAACCUCGUCAGUUCAAGUGUAUAGACGAGUUCAAAACUUGUCGUUCGAAGGCGUGAAGCCGACCUCCUUGUUUUGAUUGUCGUUUUUUUUAUUUGUUUCAGCGCGGUGGAAAAGACAUGACAGUCACAAUUCAUGAACUGGAGGAAUACAUCAGGGUAUCAUUUUGUGUAUAACACGAGCAAUUGAUAUAGGUUAUCUUCUUUUGGUCGCAUGAAUUAAAUUCUUGAUUUGUCACAGUCAGGAAAAAUAAUGUAAAAGUUAGAAAAAAUGUGUCGAUCUUUUUGUUUUGUUUAUAAGAAGGUUUAGUUUCUGAAUUAACUGUUAAUUCAAUUGUAUGAAACGAGCGCACAUUCCUGCAGUUUGUCGUGUAAUUUAUCGCUUAUUUUGUUCUUUGUGCUUUGUUUUUCAGCUGGUAGUACAGUGGACUCUUGUGUCAGGUGUGAAACGCCAGAUAGAUGCACUCCGUGAAGGCUUUAACUCUGUGCUGCCUCUAUCAAAUCUUGCCAGUUUUUCAUACACUGAGGUAGUAAAUCUAAAAAAAUUUCCUUGCAGCUUAUUAUUUCCUCGAGAUCUGUGAGGUACCUAAGUAGCUGUUUCUCUCACAUUAAAUUUUACUGAAAUCGAAAUAUUCAAGUGUGAGAGAAAUUGGUUGGCACUUUUGUCCCCUACGGUGGCGUUUGCCCUUCCUUAGGAACUUAAAGAAGACAAGAAAGAAUUGGUUUUAUUAUUAACUGAUUUAGAAGGGGAGUAACUCUCUUCAAUCGUUUGGGCUGUUGAAUUAUGAUUAUUGACUGACUUAGAUCAGGUGAUUUAUGUGAGUGAUUUUGUUCACAGAUGGAGCUGGUUCUUUGUGGUAAUGUGGCCGAGAAGUGGGACUUGAAAUGUACGUACUUAUAUGUUAGUUUAAUGGUAUACCUGUGGUGUAUUAUCAGAGAUAGACUGUGUUGAAAUCUUUUCUGGAAGCUCAAAGGACGCCUUUGUUUUAGUGAGAUAGGCUUUGUUUCUGUGGAAUGCAUCAUUUUCUUUCUGCAGUUUUAAUUUUAACUUUUUGUCUACGUUUUUCAUAGUUUGCUAAAGCUGGUAGCUGUUCGCAGUAAAGAUAACGAUAUUAUUUUAUUUUAAGUUAAAUUCAACCUUAUACCUGCGCUCGUUUAUUUUUUCUUUUAUUUUUGAAUAUCAGGUCUUGUGGAAAGUUGCAGACCUGACCAUGGCUAUACUCAUGACAGGUCAGUGACUUAAACAUGUUUUAGUUAUCAAGGUAAAAAAAGUUUAACCGAGGCUUCCUGUAGCUCUGGAGAAACGCGUUUGCUAAAUGAAGUUUCUUUGGAUCCUUUUGUGUAUGUUGUCUAGUUCCGGUAAAUGGGAUUGUUGAAACCAAUCAAAAGCAUGGUACAUUUUGCAUCCUGCGAUCACAUGCACCGAAAGGGAAAAGUGAUAUCAGUGAUAAUGAGAAAACUGCUAAUUUCACUUUUUCUUCGUUCAUUGCAAAGAGUUGUGUUACAUGCUACUCUUUUGCUUUAACAGUCGUGCGGUGAAGAUUUUGUUCGAGAUACUCAGUGGUUACACACAGGAAGAGCAGAGGCUAUUUUUACAGUUUGUCACAGGCAGCCCAAGGUUACCAGUGGGAGGUAAGAAUCUCUAUCGUUUUUUUGGCGUUUUUUUUUUAAAUUUCAAACCAUUUGAUUAAAUGCUCUUGACAUGCGUGAAAGAAUUUGAUGAUUUAAUAUUCAACAAAGCUUUCGUCUUAUUUUCACUUUUACAUCAGCGUGUAUUUAAAAGAAUCUCCAGAUUUCAAAAAGUAUUAGUUCCAUUAAAUGUGGGAAUGAUAUAUCAGUCUGUUUGUUUUAUCGUAGGCCUGCGCAGUCUUAAUCCACCGCUGACCAUAGUUCGCAAGUCGUUUGAGCCUCCACUAUGUGCUGAUAACUACCUGCCGUCUGUCAUGACCUGCGUCAAUUACUUGAAACUGCCAGACUACUCCAGCAAAGAGAUCAUGGCUGGCAAGCUAAAGCUGGCUGCCUUAGAGGGACAGCGUUCAUUUCAUUUGUCUUAAGUUUGUACACACCACCCGAAGUGUACGCUCCUGUACAUUAACUGUCGUACGCGUCGAGUUGCGGCCGCUUGACGGGAUCGGAAGUGCUCUCAUCAAUUUUUUUGAAUGUUCAUGUUACCAUCAAAAAUCAUGGCUAAAAUUGACAAAUUCUUUUAAUAAAGUAAUGGUUAAAUUUUGAUAAUAAUGCUUUACUAACUAUUAAGUUCAUGUUAAAGGUCGUUGACCAACCACUUGACUCUCCUAAGUAAGACGCUUUAUUAUUGCUACAGUAAUAGAAAGACCUUAUUGCAAUAUGCAGUUUCAUUUAUGUUCUAGCUUUCUGCCUUUUUUUUUUCCUUUUUCUUCUUUGAAUUUCUCCACUUACGGUUGAGAAUGCUAGAAUUAAUUGUUUGUAAUAUAUUUUAAAACGCCUUAUAUACAUAGCAAUUGUACAUAAACGUCACAGACUAUUUGCUCCUCAAUUUAAAUCUUGUUCAGAGCCCUCACGAUGUUUAACUGUGCCAUUAUCUCCUUCCCUUCCAUUCCCUUUUCUUUUUGUUUUAGGGAUUCUUCUUAUUUACAAUCAGUGAAAAGCAUAUUGUACACAUAUUGGAAUAAGGUCGCUUGAUAAAAAUCACUAACUUUGAUUAUUGAAUACACGUUUUAAGGAAAAGAAAUUGAACCACCGAGACUAUGCAAAUUAACACUGUUUACUAAAAAUAUGAAAGCUGUGUACAUGAAGCAGCAGUUAAGGAUGUUCACAGCCGCUGUAAAUAAAUCGACUAUAGUUGACUUGUUUCAGUAUCAUUCUAUGUUUAGCUCGUUACUUUGCACAGGAAGGAAACCUAAAUUUUUGUAACUGUACAAAGGCCUAAUGGUACCACUACGCA